UUCACCUAAAAACAUUCUGUAGCAGAUUCUAAAUUAAAUUAUGACUUAAGACUCAGAAUCCUGCGUAGGUUUGAGGAACUGAUAUUGGAGCCUCUACAUCUAGCGAACAUGGUUGCAUCUACACUUUUGAAAAUUCCUGUCCUUUUUCUUCUCCUUUAUCUUUUUGUGUGCUCUCUUGAUAUCCUUAGCUCUGCUUUUCAACUAUCUGGAGGCAGGGCAGCUGGAGAUAUCUUCCAAAAAAAUGCCAUCCUGUCUAACCCGGUGGCUGGGUUAGUUGUGGGGAUACUGGUGACAGUGCUAGUCCAGAGCUCCUCCACCUCUACCUCCAUCAUAGUCAGCCUUGUGUCCUCUGGUUUGCUUGAGAUCAAUUCAGCCAUUCCUAUUAUCAUGGGCUCCAACAUUGGAACAUCAGUCACUAAUACUAUCGUUGCCUUGAUGCAGGCUGGAGAGAGAGAGGAGUUUGAAAGGGCCUUUGCCGGUGCAACAGUCCAUGACUGUUUUAACUGGCUGUCUGUCUUGGUGCUUCUCCCUCUGGAAUCUGUGAGUGGGCUAUUGAGAAGACUGUCACAGGCCGUGGUUGACACUUUACAACUCAGAGGUGGAGAAGACGCGCCAGAACUACUCAAAGUCAUCACAGAGCCAUUGACAACACUGAUUAUCCAGCUGGAUCGAUCAGUCAUUACAGCCUUAGCUACAGGCGACCAGAGUGCAAGGAACAAGAGUCUGGUGAAGCAUUGGUGUCAAACCACAAUCUUCAAGGAUGAUGAAACCCCUUGGGGAACACACAACCUUUCUGAACAAACACAGAAAUGCAGGCACCUCUUUGUGGACAGCUCUUUAUCAGACUUGGCGAUAGGGCUGAUCCUCCUGGCUUGCUCUUUGUUGGUCCUGUGCAGCUGCCUUGUGCUGCUGGUUAAACUGCUUCACUCCCUGCUGAAGGGCCAAGUUGCAAGCAUUAUCAACAGUGUUCUUAACAUAGACUUUCCUUACCCUUUUACAUGGCUGGCAGGUUAUCUGGCUUUAUUAGUAGGGGCUGGCAUGACCUUUCUGGUUCAAAGUAGUUCUGUCUUCACAUCUGCCAUCACUCCACUCGUAGCACUACUGGCUGCAUUGGCAAGCCCUGGUGAUAAACUAGGUGCUGCUACACAGGUUGCUUUAUGCCACUUUUUCUUUAACCUCCUCGGGAUCCUGAUGUGGUAUCCUGUCCCAGCCACCCGUGUUCCCAUACGAAUGGCAUGUUCUCUUGGCAGGAAAACUGCCAGGUACCGCUGGUUUGCUGUCCUGUGUCUCCUUGUCUGCUUUCUUUUGUUCCCAUCACUGGUGUUUGCUCUUUCCAUGGCCGGCUGGAAGCUGAUGACUGGAAUUGGCGUAACAGUCCUUGUUAUCAUUUUAUUUUUUGCAACGGUAAAGAUCCUCCAACUCCACAGGCCUGACUGUUUGCCACUCAGACUACAGAACUGGGAUUUUCUUCCUGUUUGGAUGACCUCAUUGCAGCCUCUGGAUGACCUCAUCACCAGAUUGACCCUCUGCUGUAGACACAUCAACAACUGCAAUUUUAAGAAAGACAACAGAUCAUUAACAUCACCAGACAACAUUACUGUCACCCCUGAGAGAGGUGUAAAGGCAAAAAGGAUAAAGAAGGGGGAAAACCAAGACACUUAUGGGACACAACGAAGAAAAUGGAGCAACCAUGGGAAUUGUAACUUACACCAUGAUAAGGAAAUUGACACAGACAGUGACAUGUCUCUAGACAACGUGCAUCAUUCCGAAGAAAAAGACCAAAACUUUCACGAGUGCAUUCAACUCCCUGGCACUCGCUUGUAGCAUCAUUUUAUGUGUCUGAUACAUCCAAAGACACUUUAUGUUAAUUUCACUGCUAUAGAGCAAGUAAAAACCCUGAAACUCAUACCAAGACAAGAAAAAAAAUUAACUGGAUAUUUGACAUACUCAGAAACAACCCCACAAAACCACAAAGCCUGAAAGUGCAGAAAACACAAUCCACAAGAAGAAGAUGACUACAUGAAAGAGAGUUGAGCUCUGAAAACCAAGUGUAAAAACAAGGGCUGAAGAUUUGUUUGAGGAUUAGAAAAACCCAGCCCUUCUUCUGAGAAGCUGUUCUUAACCUGAGCUACUUUUGGAGCAGCAAACACAGAGCACAAACCUCCAACCAGCAAAGUAUCACUUCAGAAAAAAGGAAAUGUAACAUGUCGCAACAUUUCAAACACUAUAAACCAAAGUGGGUGUUAUAGAAAAGGUUUUAACCCUAUAAUACCAAAUGUAUCAUAUUUGAUACAUACGGUUUCUGAAAUGUUUUGCGUCUGACACCUUUUGCAUAAUUUAAUGGUAAAAACUAUGCAUAAAAUCCUAUUGUACACAAUCAGAUAUACCUGAUAACAGGGGCAGAUGACUACACAAAACAUAAUCUUGACUUAUUGCAUAGUAAUGAUUUAUUAAUAUAAAA